UUAACUUUCAACCCUUACCUCGUUCACCUUGGUCGCUACACGGUAGUGUCUUGAUCAAUCCUGUCUCCUGUGAAAUCCUGGUUUGAGUCUACAAAAAUCCCUCUGUAAUCCUAACACUGGUUUGUCUAGACACACCUUCUUCUCGCAGAAGGAGAAAGGGCUCCCUUUCUACGAGGUGCCCAACUUCCAAGGUUAUCGGCUGCCCUGUGAGAUUGUGGCCUGAGGCAUCAGCGUGCUUGAGCCGCGAGGAGCAGCCAAGUCAAUUGCCUGUGGUGACGCGACGCGACCUGACCUGUGGACCCACAACACUUUACAGUGGCAGCAGUAGCGUGUGGCCGCUAAGCUAAGGCAAGCACCGGGCAGGUAGCUCCUCCUGCAAGUCUCACCUCGUCCUGGUCCCCGUCGGCCACAAUCUUUCCUCGCGACGGUCCUUUCCAAACCUCAUCGCAGCACCACCUGCUGCUCCAUCCGUCUUCUGACUUCUGACAUCUGCAUCAUCGCGGAGGCACCUGCAAUCGCGCGCAGUCAUCAUGUCGGAGGCCAUCAAGAUUGACAACAAGCUCUUCCAAGAGCGCAUCUCCCACUUCGUCAAUGCCUGGAAGGCAGACAAGCGAUCUGGAGAUGCCCUCUUUGGAGGCGCCUCCUCCAUCAUCAUUAUGAUGGGCAAGAUGGAAGAGGCCCAGGGCUUUCAAAAGAACAAUGCCAUGCACUUCUGGCUGCUAGGCUACGAGUUCCCUACCACACUGAUGCUCUUCACCCCCGAGACGCUGUAUAUCUUGACCACACAGAAGAAAGCGAAAUAUCUCGACCAGAUCAAGGGCGACAAGUUUCCCGUAGAGGUCCUUGUUCGUGGCAAGGACGCAGAAGAGAACAAGAAGCUCUUCGCCAAGGUUGCAGAAAUCAUCAAGAAGGCCGGCAACAAAGUCGGCGUCAUCUCUAAGGAUGCCUCCCGAGGGCCCUUCGUCGAUGAUUGGAAGGCGGUAUUCGCUGAGGACUGCAAGGGUGUGGAAGAGGUUGACAUCACUUCUGCUCUGUCAACGGCAGCCUUCUCGACCAAGGAUGAGAUCGAGCUCCGUGCCGUCAGGAACUCGUCCAAGGCUUGCGUCGCCUUGAUGCAUUCUUACUUCCUGGAUGAGAUGUCAACGAUACUCGACCAGGAGAAGAAGGUCAAACACCGUGUUCUGGCCGACAAGGUCGACAGCAAACUCGAUGAUGAGAAGUUUUGGAAGGCUGUCAAACUGCCCUCCGGCAAGCUUGCCUCAGACUUCGACUCUACCCAGCUAGACUGGACCAUCGGCCCGGUUGUUUACAGCGGGGGGAAAUUCGAUCUCAAGAUGCAGGCCGAGUCCAGCGAAGAAAACCUCCACCCAGGCGUCAUUGUUGCCGGCAUGGGCCUCAGAUAUAGGUCCUACUGCUCCAGCAUUGCCCGAACGUACAUGGUGGACCCAAACAAGACGCAAGAGUCAAACUACAAAUUCCUUCUCGCGGUCCACAACUUAAUUCUCAAAGAGAUCCGAGACGGAGCCGUGGCCAAAGACGUCUACAACAAGGCCCUCGGCUACGUCCGGAGCAAGAAGCCGGAGCUGGAGAAACAUUUUGUCAAGAACGUCGGAUAUGGCAUUGGCCUCGAGAACAAGGAUCCGACCCUGGUCUUGAAUGGAAAGAAUGCUCGUGCUCUGAAGGACGGGAUGACACUCUGCGUCUCUACCGGUUUCCAAGACCUGGAGAAUCCCCAGCCCCAAGAUAAAAACAGCAAAAUCUACUCCUUGAUAGUGACAGACACGAUCCGCGUUACGGCUGAGGGCACCGUUAAUUUCACCGGCGAGGCCGCCGCUGACCCCGACUCGACGUCGUUCUUUUUCAAGGACGAUGAGGAACAGCAGCCGGCACCGAAGAAGGAGAAGAAAGACUCGCGCGUCGGCGCCGUUGCGGCCAAGAACAUCACUAGCUCUCGUCUGCGGUCGGGCCGUGGCCACGACAAAGAUGAGGAAGCCGAGAAUAGGCGCAAGGAGCACCAGAAGGAGUUGGCAGCCAAGAAACAAAAAGAGGGCAUGGCUCGCUUUGCCGAAUCCACGAGUGAUCCGAACGGCGGCGAGGCCAAGAAGUUCAAGCGCUUCGAGUCCUACAAGCGUGAUAACCAGUUCCCACACAAGGUCCGCGACAUGGGCAUUGUUGUCGACCAGAAGAACUCGACCGUCGUGCUCCCCGUGAUGGGCCGUCCGGUUCCAUUCCAUAUCCAGACAAUCAAGAAUGCGAGCAAGAGCGACGAGGGCGAGUGGUCGUUCCUCCGCAUCAAUUUUCUGUCGCCAGGCCAGGGAGUCGGCCGGAAAGAUGACCAGCCUUUCGAGGACGCGUCUGCUCAUUUCGUCCGCAGUCUUACUUUCCGCUCAACGGACGGUGAUCGCUACACCGAGAUUGCGAACCAGAUCUCCAACAUGAAACGAGACCUGACCAAAAAGGAACAGGAAAAGAAAGACAUGGAAGACGUUGUCGAGCAGGACAAGCUCGUCGAGAUUAGGAACCGUCGCCCGGCUGUCUUGGACAAUGUCUUCCUGCGACCGGCAAUGGAGGGCAAGCGUGUUCCUGGCAAGGUCGAGAUACACCAGAACGGUAUUCGAUACCAGUCCCCGCUGAACCCUCACCAGAGGGUCGACAUUCUCUUCUCAAACGUCCGCCAUCUGUUCUUUCAGCCCUGCGAGCAUGAGCUCAUUGUUAUUAUCCAUAUCUAUCUCAAAGACCCGAUCAUCGUUGGCAACAAGAAGAAGACGAGGGAUGUCCAGUUCUACCGGGAAGCGACUGACAUCCAGUUCGACGAGACGGGCAACCGUAAGCGCAAGUACCGAUACGGCGAUGAAGACGAGUUCGAGGCCGAACAGGAGGAGCGCCGCCGACGUGCGGAGCUCGAUCGUCUAUUCAAGGGCUUCGCUGAGAAGAUUGCGGAAGCCGGUCGAAACGAGGGUAUUGAGGUCGACAUGCCCAUAAGGGACCUUGGAUUCCACGGGGUUCCAUUCCGAAGCAAUGUCUACAUUCAGCCAACCACGGAAUGCCUGAUCCAGCUCACAGAACCACCCUUCAUGGUUAUCACUCUGGAGGACAUCGAGGUCGCACAUCUUGAGAGAGUCCAAUUCGGCCUGAAGAACUUUGACCUUGUCUUUGUUUUCAAGGACUUCACGAGACCGCCCUACCACAUCAACACAAUUCCGGUGGAGUCGCUGGAGGAUGUGAAGGACUUCCUCGACUCCUCGGAUAUCGCAUUUACCGAGGGUCCGUUGAACCUGAACUGGCCCACCAUCAUGAAGACGGUGACUGCCGACACACACCAAUUCUUCGCCGACGGUGGCUGGUCGUUCCUUGCAAACGAUAGUGACGACGAAAACGGCGAUGACGAAGAGGAGCAGGAGAGCAACUUUGAGAUCAGCGAGAGCGAGCUUGAGGACGCUUCUGAAUCCAGCGAAGAGGACUCGGACUUCGACUCCAAUGCGUCCGCAGAAGCCAGCGACGAGGAUGCCAGCGAGGAGGACGAGGGUGAAGAUUGGGAUGAGUUAGAGCGCAAGGCCAAGAAGCGUGACCGUGAAAACGCUGCUGAGGAAGACGAGUCACGCGGCGGCAAGAAGUCGAAGAAGCAGAGACGUUGAGGUGGCGAUGCUGGUACUGACAGCACAGUGUUGUGUGGCCCAGCAGAGGUUUUGCAGACUGUGUCUCUGCCUGCCUUUUCCCCCAGUGAAUUUUCGAGGCUGAUACCGAAUGUUUUUUUCUUUCAUCCAUGCAGGGGUAGGAGAUGGUCGUUUUGAGAAGUGUGUAGGACUACGUGAAAGCCACCUGCAGCUUGGCAGGAUCCUAAAACAAAGCAUACAACUGUGCAUUGUGACGUGAGAAGAUAACCUGGGCUGGUGCACUCUGGAAUUGGGCUAGAUUGACUUCUAGGCCUGCAGCUUAGGAAAGAAGGGAAGAAGGAAGAAUCAAUAUGACAGUGUUGUGUAGCAGAAAGUAAUGUAAUUCAGAAACAGUAGCCGACAGGCCUUCGAC